AUGUCUACGACCCUCGAAGAAGUUGUCGAAACGAAGGACCGUCGAUACCCCCUCAAGCGGCCUCCGAACCACAAAGUACCGGUGCCACGCUGGACGUUGAAACUCCCUGAUGCCGUCACGCACAUCUACACGCUGUACGUGGGGGCCCAAGCCCACGGGGCAGAUCACAGCGCAUUAGCCAGCGCCGAACAGAUUAUGGAAAAACUCAUCCGUUCCGAUCAAGGCAAGCCGAUGGCAGUCGACAUUCUCCGAGUCACGCAUGGCUUCGAUGUAGUCGAUUCUAAGGUAUGGGUGGCGUACUGGACCGACGCAAAAGCCUUCCAAGCCAAGCUGGACGCACUAGGUUUACGGAAAGCGUGGAACGACCUGGGCGAGGCGAAGCACUCCAUAGGCUUGUGGAGCGAGUCCUUUACAACUCCCGUCGAGCGACUAGAGACCAACUACGCCAGCUUGUUGCAUCAACCUGGCAUCUCGCAGGCUCCCGGCGCCGAGUUCCCUGCUCACAACCUUACGGCGUACUGGGGCGCCGGCCGCGAUCGAUUGCCCGCUUCGAAGGACGAUCUCUUCCACCCUCCUGACGAGACUCGGCCUCCUGAUCCCGCUCCAGUUGGUGUCGGGCAGUACCUGACAGGCACCAACUACGACAACAUGUGUCACAUUCGCUCGGGCCAAUGGUGGGAGCAAUGCCCGCCCGACGAACGCGAAGCCUACGAAUCCGACCUCCAAAUCAAACUCAUGGGCGGCAUGCAACACCUCUGGGACAACCCGCUCGAAACAGGCACAAUCGGCCUACGCUUCCUGCAGAACGUCAACGGCGCCGACGAGAAGAUCCGCGAGAGCUGCGGCGCCGGCUUCUUCCGCAACUGGGCCGACCUGGAGUACUGGUCGAGCACGCACCCGUCGCACCUCGCCAUUUUCGUCGGCGCGCUGGCGCACGCGCGCAAGUUUGGGCCCGACAAGAAGUUCAUGACGUGGCAUGAGGUGUCGAUUUUGAAGGAGGGCGAGGCGCGGUUCGAGUAUGUUAAUUGUGAGCCUAGUACCGGGUUGAUUCGGUGGGUGAAGAUGGAGCAGCAGGAGUUGUAG